GUUUCCAAGAGGGAGCUUGACCCGUUAGCAGCCGCGGCCAUGGCGGCGCGCUCGCCGCCCUCGCCGCUCCCUCUUUCCCCAGCGCGACAUUUGGGGCCCUGGUCCCCGCGUGUUGGGCGGGGAGCUGUGGUACACGCAGUGCCCUGCGAGGCCUCGGGUCUUGCCGGCGGAGCGCGGGAGGGCGUCGGGGACAAAAGCGGUAUCUCCUGGCGGGGCGAAGACGGGUCAGAGGGCCGGCGAGGGCCAGGGGGCGCAGCUCCGGCUCAGGCUCCCCUCCUCAGCGCGCCCGUCGGGUCCAGGCGGCUAGAGGGCAUCUCGGUAGAGGAGGCGAUGGUGACCCGGACGCAGCUGCUGGAGGACGAGCUGAGCAGCCUAAAGGAGGAGCUGGCCUUGUGUCAGGCUGAUAAAGAAUUUGUAUGGUCUUUGUGGAAACGUCUCCAGGUGACAAACCCAGAUCUCACACAAGCAGUCAGUUUGGUUGUGGAAAGAGAAAAACAGAAAUCUGAAGCUAAAGACAGAAAAGUUUUAGAAAUUCUGCAAGUCAAGGAUGCUAAAAUACAAGAAUUGGAACAGAGAGAAUCAGGACUAAAACAAGAAAUAAAUGACCUUGUAAAACGAAAGAUCGCAGUAGAUGAAGAAAAUGCUUUCUUAAGGAAAGAAUUCAGUGACUUGCAGAAGAAAUAUAAAGAUAAAAGUCAAGAAGUUAAGGACACUAAGGAGUGUCUACAGAAUAAGGAAGAGCAAAACAGACUGGUUAUAAAAAAUCUGGAGGAGGAAAAUGAGAAAUUAAGUACCCACUGCACUGACCUGCUAAAUGACCUGGAGAAACUGAGGAAGCAGGAAGCACAUUGGAGAAAAGAAAAAUACAGCAUUGAUGCAAAAAUAAAGGCUUUUGAAGACAGUUUAAGUGAAGCAAGGAAAGAAAUUGAAGUAUCGCAGAGUAAAUAUAAUGCUCUGUCAUUACAAUUGAAUAAUAAACAAACUGAACUUAUCCAGAAGGAUAUGGAUAUUACCCUGGUCAGGCAAGAAUUGCAGGAGCUGCAGAACCUUUACAAACAGAACAGUGCACAUACAGCGCAGCAAGCAGAGCUGAUCCAGCAGCUUCAGGUUCUGAAUAUGGACACGCAGAAAGUACUGAGGAAUCAGGAAGAUGUUCACACAGCUGAAAGUAUAUCAUAUCAAAAACUUUACAAUGAGUUACAUAUUUGUUUUGAAACCACAAAAUCAAGUGAGGCUAUGCUCCGGCAAAGUGUUGUUAAUCUUCAGGAUCAGCUAUUUCAAAAAGAGCAAGAAAAUGCUAAAUUAAAAGAAAAGCUUCAGGAAUCACAAGGAGCACCCUAUCCUUUACCUCAAGAAAGUGAUUCAGACCACUCAGAACAGGUAUCUCAACGGCCAUCUUUAUCAAGCUUAGAAACCUUAAUGGUCUCACAGAAGUCUGAAAUUGAGUAUUUACAGGAGAAACUGAAAAUAGCAAAUGAAAAACUGUCAGAGAACAGAUCUACCAACAGAUCUUCCUCAGAGAAGAGCAUCCUGACAAGUGCUGAAGGGGAACAUAAGGAACCACCUGUGAAACGUUCAAGGUCUUUGUCCCCAAAGAGCUCUUUCACAGGCUCAGAGGAACUAAGGAAGCUGAGAAAGGCUGAAAGAAAGAUUGAAAACUUAGAGAAGGCACUACAACUAAAGAGCCAAGAAAAUGAUGAGCUAAGAGAUGCCCAUGAAAAACGCAAGGAAAGGCUACAGAUGUUACAGACCAACUACAGAGCAGUAAAAGAGCAAUUAAAACAGUGGGAAGAAGGCAGUGGCAUGACUGAAAUCAGAAAAAUAAAGAGAGCAGAUCCCCAGCAACUUCGACAAGAAGAUUCUGAUGCUGUAUGGAAUGAACUGGCCUAUUUCAAAAGGGAGAACCAGGAGCUAAUGAUUCAAAAGAUGAAUCUUCAAGAAGAAUUGGAUAAACUUAAAGUACAUAUAUCUAUUGAUAAGGCAACAAUACAAGAAUUGAAUAGAUGUAUGGAAGAGAAGAGAGCAGAACAGCUCUUUAGAUACGGUGAAGAUGAUGGGGUCAAGAAGAGUACUCCAGAGAAGAAUGGGAAAGAAAUGUCGGAGCAGACGUUACAGAAGGUUAUUGAAUUGGAAAAUCGGCUAAAAUCUUUUGAGAAGAGGUCAAGAAAAUUAAAAGAAGGGAAUAAAAAAUUAAUGAAAGAAAAUGAUUUCCUGAAAUCCCUCUUAAAACAGCAGCAAGAGGAUGCAAGGACCAGAGAAAAAGAGCUAGAACAGCUACAAAAUGAGAGUAAAGACGUAGAAAAAGACAAAACUGAACUUCAAGCAAAAAUCAGUGAGCUGGAGAGAGAAGUCACUUCCCUAAGGAGACAAGUGGCAGAAGCUAAUGGGUUGAGAAAUGAAAAUGAAGAGCUGAUGAAUUCAAUGGAGAAAGUGCAGCAUUCAGCAGACAAAGCGAAAUCUGAGAUGGCCACCAUGGAAGUGAGAUCUGGACAGUACGAUUGUAAGACAACCACUACCAAGGUGAAACUUAAAGCCGCCAAGAAAAAGUGCUUUGUGGGUCGUUACCACACUGUUCUCAAUCACUCCAUCAAGGUUAUGAGCAAUGUGUUUGAGAACCUCAGCAAGGACGGCUGGGAGGAUGUGAGUGAAAGCAGCAGUGAUUCUGAAACACAGACCUCUCAAAGUUUGGGAACAAUUAUUGUAGAAACAUCCCAGAAAAUAAGUCCUACAGAAGAUGGAAGAGACCAAAAAGAAAGUGACCAAACAGAAGACAGCCAAAUACAAGGAAAAAAAAUAGUACAAAUAUAUUCAAAUAUAGAUGGCAAGACCCCAAAGGAUUAUCGUUAUAAGAAUACCAAAAAACCAACUUUUCAAAAGAAAAAUGGUAAUAUUCAAAAGAGUUCACAUACAACAGUUCCUACCAAAGUUAACAGAGAAAAGUGGAAAAACAUAACUGCUCAGAAAUCAAGUAGCAAUAUUAUUUUAUUACGAGAACGGAUUAUAUCCUUGCAACAACAAAACAGUGUCCUUCAGAAUGCCAAAAAAACAGCAGAAUUGUCUGUUAAAGAAUAUAAAGAAGUCAAUGAAAAGCUUCUUCAUCAGCAGCAAGUAUCUGAUCAACGAUUUCAGACAAGUAGACAGAGAAUAAAGAAACUAAAUUUGGAUUUGGCUGCACUUCGGAAAGAAAAAGAAGACUUACUAAAGAAAUUAGAGUCCUCAUCUGAAAUCACAAGUUUGGCAGAAGAAGUUUCCCGGGUAACAGUUCCACAGAUACAAGUUACAUCACUUGGUCCUUCAAGGAGCGUGGACUUAGAGAUGAAGCAAUUGCAGUGUAAACUAAAGAAUGCAACUAACGAACUUACUAAACAGUCAUCAAAUGUGAAGUCUCUGAAAUUUGAACUCCUAGCAAAAGAAGAUCACAUAAAGGAAAUGCAUGAAAAGAUGUCUCGAAUGGAGAGGGAUGUAACCAUGAAAAGACAUUUGAUAGAGGACUUGAAAUUUCGACAGAAAGUAAAUUUGGAAAGUAAUGAGAGUAUUAAUGAAAUGUUAGAAAAUCUUGAAAAAAAGGUGAAAACAUUAACCGAGGAGUGCUCCAACAAGAAGGUAUCAAUUGAUUCCCUAAAGCAAAGACUUAGUGUUGCUGUAAAAGAGAAGUCACAGUAUGAACAGAUGUAUCAGAAAACUAAAGAGGAAUUAGAAAAAAAGGAUCUCAAGCUGAAUCUCCUAGCAUCGAAAAUAAAUGAGACUGAAUCUGCCAUGGCAGAAAUUGAAACAGCAGCAUCUAAGCAUCUUCAAGGAUUAGCGUUGCAAAGUGAGCAGGCCCUAGAAGGUGCGCAGAAGAAGUUGCUCUUAGCCAAUGAGAAAGUGGAAGAGUUCACCAUAUUUGUGAAGGCUUUGGUCAAAGAGUUACAAACUGAUGUUCAUUCUAUGAGGCGACAAAUCAGAGAGCUUAAAAAAAUGCAGAAGAACAGGGACUCUUAUAAAACCUCAACCCAUAAAGCCCAGACCUUGGCAGCUUCUAUCCUGAACAUUUCACAGUCAGAUCUAGAGGAAAUAUUGGACACAGAAGAUGAAGUGGAAAUCGAAAGGACAAAGAUAGAUGCUGAGAAUGACAAGGAAUGGCUGUUUUACAUUCAGAAACUUCUUGAAGGACAGCUUCCUUUUGCCGCGUAUUUACUAGAAGCAGUACUUGAGAAGAUAAAUGAAAAAAAGAAACUAGUUGAAGUAUAUUUCACAAUUAUGAAAGAUAUUAGAUGAUAUUAUGAUGGAGAACUUUUUUCAAAUGUGAAAACUUUUAUGUGGUGUGAUUGGAAAACAUGCAUUGCAAUCCUGAUGCAAUAUCUGCUCCAGCUAUCAAUAGUCAGGUUCAAUACCAAAAUAAGAAGUCUGAAACUAGUUAAUUGCUGAACAAGUGAAACUAAUUAAGUGCUUAGCCAUUUAAAAGGAAAUAGUGUAGCAUUUGAUUGUUGAAAACAAAUAUUGCCACAAAUCAAUGCAAACUUAAAAAUGAUUUUCCUUCCAGUGCAUUAGGAAAAAUUAGAACAAGCUUGGCACACACAAAUUGGUCUGAAUAUAAAAAGAAAAAAGUGUAAACUGGGGAUUUAAUGCUUUAAGUUUUAUAAAGAAACUAGACUUUUUACAUAAAACUGCUACAAAUGGCCUUAAAUCAUCCAAUAAGCAACACAUUUGUAUUGUAAGCACUUAUAAAAUGAAGCAUCAUAACUUAAGGGUGAACAUUUAAUGAAAUAACUUGUGUCGUCCAAUAUAUCCGUUCUCAACAUACUGGAUUAUAUAGGUGAUACUGUAUUUUCCUAGAACUGUUUGGCAAAAAUAAAAAUAUUUUCUCCUUCUCUCUCUCUCUUUUUUUAAAUUCACAAUUCUUUGUGUGGGCAUAUAAAUUAGCAAGGGACCACAAACCCAGUGUACAAAAUUAGGCUAGAUCUAGCAUAACUCCUACUGUGGUCAACUAACUAAGGUCUUAACUAUGUUGUCAUCCUUAUUUAGGUUCCAAACAUUCACCCGUCAUUUUACCUCCUCACUACAUUCCUGUCACACCUGACUUUUUUGAUUCCUCUAAUUCACCAGACUUUUGCCUGCCUCCAGUCUUAACCCUUGCUAUUCUCUCUUUCUAGGAUACUCUGUACUCAACUUUUCUCGUGACUGGCUCUUUCUCAUCAUUCAGGUUCACCUUACAUAUUCCCUCAGAGACAUAUUCCCUGGCCAUCUUACUAUUUAAUUUUCUUUAUAACACAAAAUAAUCAAUUUUGCCUGUUCAUUUAUUUAUUUUCUUGUUAUUUUCUCCUCUCCCUGCUCCCUUUAGAAUAUAUAGGUCCCAUGAGGUUAAGGCAGAAGUUGGCAAAUCUGACCUGCCACCUGUUUUUGUGUGGCCUUCAAGCUAAGAAUGACUUUUACAUUAUCAAAUGUUAAAAAAAAUCAAAAGGAGAAUAAUAUUUUGUAACAUGUGAAAGUUAUAUGAAAUUUGAAUUUUAGUGUCCAUCAAUAAAGUU